AGUGACCUUUAUCGUAAGUUAAGUUUCACUGGAAAGCUGAUUUGAAUGUGCUGCAGUGAGGACAGGAGAAAAACAGAACGUUCAGAAGGAUUUCUUUCAACCCUGUGCUAAUUCUGCAGCUGCAGUGGCAUUUUGACAUCCAAGUUCUGUGAUCGUCCUAUAAAUCCGGUCUUCAGUUUAUACCUUCAAAAAUACAUCAGGAAUGGAUCUUCUGAGUGCUUCAAAUGCCAAGUUUGCUCUUGAUCUCUUCAAACAGUUGGAUAAAAUUAACAAAGAUGGCAAUAUCUUUGUAUCUCCAUUGAGUAUAUCAGCUGCACUGGCCAUGGUGUAUCUUGGUGCUAAAGGAAACACGGCCACUCAGAUGGCUGAGGUACUUGCUUUUGACAAGGUACAAGACCUUCAUUCUGAAUUUCAGAAACUUCAAGCUGCAAUCCACAAGCCGAAUGAAAACUAUGUGUUGAAGCUAGCCAAUCGCCUCUAUGGAGAGAAGAGCCACAACUUUCUUUCGAAUUUCCUUGCAUCUACUCGUAAAUAUUACGGGGCAGAAUUAGCCGCUGUGGAUUUUGUUAAUGCAGCUGAAGAAGUCAGACAACAGAUCAACUCCUGGACUGAAGCACAAACUGAAGGCAAGAUCACGAAUUUGUUAAGGGAACGCAUUAUUGACGAGUACACAAGGCUUGUCCUCGUGAAUGCCAUUUAUUUUAAAGGAAACUGGGAACGAAAAUUUGAUGAAAAAAACACACAAGAAGGACAAUUCCGAAUAAACCAGAAUGAAACAAAACCAGUGCAAAUGAUGUGGCAAAAAGCCAAGUUUAACAUGGCAUACAUUCAUGAAUUUAAACUUAAGAUACUUGAGCUCCCCUAUGUUCAGAAUGAGCUGAGUAUGAUCAUCCUGUUGCCAGAUAUUGAUGACAACUUCAGUGGACUGGAAAACCUUCAGAGUCAACUCACUUUUGAUAAUCUGAUGGAUUGGUCCAACCCAGAAAAGAUGGAUAAUAUGGAAGUAAAAGUGGUGCUGCCAAAAUUCAAGCUAGAGGAGAAAUAUGACCUUGGAGCAACACUUAAAGAAAUGGGAAUGUCAGAUGCUUUCAGUAUUCCAAAAGCUAACUUCUCUGGAAUGACUGGGAAAAAUGAUCUGGUUUUGUCGAAGGUUGUUCAUAAAGCUUUUGUAGAAGUUAAUGAGGAGGGCACGGAGGCAGCCGCUGCCACAGCAGCUGUCGUUAUGUUGCGUUGUGCAAUGAUUCCAUUUGAGUUUGUGGCUGACCACCCAUUUCUGUUCUUCAUCAGGCACAACAAGACGCGCAACAUUUUGUUCUUUGGAAGGCUGUCCUCCCCUUAAAGAAAAUACUGAACCCCCUCAACACGCAGCUAUUGCCAUCCAACAAUGCUCAGACUGGUUGGAUGACAUCCUUGCAAAUGGUUUUCCAAAUCCAAAGCUUUUGACAAUCUAGAGAUCCGCAAGGGAGCACAGAUUAAUGCUAGCUGGGAGAGAUAGAUAGAAUGGGAUAAAAUAAUUUUUAAUUAUUAGAUGUACUUUAAUUUUUUUAAACACUUCUGUAGCUAAAUAGAAAUUAUAGAAAUAGGUCUUGCCUGAGAAUAUAAGAACAUAAGAACUAGGUGCAGGAGCAGGAGUAGGCCAUCUGGCCCCUCGAGCCUGCCCCGCCAUUCAAUAAGAUCAUGGCUGAUCUUUUUGAGACUCCGCUCCACUUACCUGCCCACUCAUCAUGACCCUUAAUUCCUUUACUGUUCAAAAAUUUAUCUAGCCUUGCCUUAAAAACAUUCAGCGAGGUAGCUUUAACUGCUUCACUGGGCAGGGAAUUCCACAGAUUCACAACCCUUUGGGUGAAGUUCCUCCUGACCUCAGUCCUACAUCUGCUUCCCUUUAUUUUGAGGUGAUGCCCUCUAGUCCUAGUUUCACCUGCUAGCGCAAACAACCUCCCUGCCUCCACCUUAUCUAUUCCCUUCAUAAUCUUGUAUGUUUCUAUAAGAUGUCCCCUCAUUCUUAUUUGGAGGGAUUACGUUGCAAAUUACACUUACCAAAACUGACAUCAAUGGGUUGAUGGUAGUGAAGGAAAUAGGGCUGUAAAUAAAAGCUUUUCGUAAGCCAUUUGUCCAGGCAUUUUGGAAUAAAGGAGCCCUUUUUCCCUUCAUCUGUCUUUGUGAUAUAACAAGAGGACUAAAAUAAGGAGUUGAUCCUUUAACUUUGUCGCCCCAUCUGUUUACUUCCAACAGUAAUUACAGUGCCUUCAUUCAUCCAGGCACAUGAUACACUGUCUCUUGACCACACCCAAACCCCAUUUCAGUACUUAUGGAUUUUGUAAAUGAUUUGACUUCUUAUUUCACUGUCUGAAGUCUGCUUCAAAUUCUGUUCAGUUUGUGAAUCACUUAUAAUUUACCUUUUUUAAUAACGUGGUUUGUACCUACAUCCCCAUAUCCUACUCACUAUAUUAAAUGCAAAUAGUUUCCUGGGUUAACCUUUUCUAUUCCCUCAUCUGCCUUGUACACUUCCAAGAACGUGUACGAUUGCUUCUGUCCAGACAUUUAAAAAAAUUCCAAAAAUCAGAGUGCUCCACGUUAUGAAUUACUUUUGCUGUGCCAUGUCCGAAUGUAAGGGAAUGAGCUUUCAUUGCAAGAAUCAUUUAACCUUCUGAAUGAAACAUUUCAGGCCAAAAUAUAUGAUGUUUUUGCUACAUGCAAUGUCUUUAAGCUUAAUGCACCACCCCGCUCCCUGGCCAACAUCUCUGUCUCUAGCUUGCUGCAGUGUUCCAGUGAAGCCCAACGCAAGCUGGAAGAACAACACCUCAUUUUCUGCUUAGGGACCCUGCAGCCCUCUGGACUCAAUUAUUGAGUUCAAUAAUUUUAGGGCCUAACGCUGCCAUGUCCCAGCGCCCCACCCCACACACCAGGCCUCGUUACUGCAUAGCCUGCCACUACACACCCCCUGUUGUGAGUCACUGACGGUCCCCAUUAACAACUAUUCACCCUCCCAGCCUGAUCGUUAACAACUCCUUUAUCUGUCUAACUGCCUUUGUCUCUCUCUUUGGGCUCUAUCCUAUCGUUUACUCCCUACCCCACCCACCUCCCUAUUUUCUGCAUAUAAAUUGACGUUUUCCCAGCACCAUCAGUUCUGACGAAGGGUCACCAGACCCGAAACGUUAACUCUGUUUUCUCCUUCACAGAUGCUGCCAGACCUGCUGAGCUUUUCCAGCAACUUUGUUUUUGUUCUUUAAGCUUAAACCUAUACACAGGAGACUGCAAUUUUUAAAAAAUAUCACUGAUGCAGUGUAAUGGAUGUCAAAAUAAAACAUUUUGAACCUGC